UGGAGAACGCAUUUGAGGCUCAUAUCGCUCUCACGCAUGACUACCGCAUGCGUGCGACUAAUAUGAGUCUCAUAUGAUGAUGCAUCUGUCGGAUGCCGUGAGCUCACACCGUGCGGAUAAUCUGCACGGCAUGCGCGCUCCGUGAACUCAUUAUACGCGCAUGUGUUAUCUGGGAACGUGAGCCAACGAUAAUCGUAAACUUACAUUACGGAACACAACAUAGUUACAGCGCUACCAACCUUAUGACUAAAAGGGAUAUUUUCAAUAGAACUUUCGGAAUACACCCACGAUUUAAGUUUUAGUAACUUUUUCUCGGAUCGAGAACUUGGACCGAUUUCUAACAUUGUAUACACAAGGUUUAAUGGUCAAAUCAUCCCCCCCCCCUUCCUUCCUACGAUUAUUGGUGACGGGUGCCAUAUUAAUCGGAAAAAGAAGAAGGAAAACAGGAGAAAAAAGACAAUCAUCAGACUCCGAGACCUUUCUUCAGAGAGAUCUCUUUCACUCAUUUUGCUCGAGGCAACAUCGAUAAAGAUCUUACAGAUCUUACAUCCACGCAACAGUAAACCGCAAUCAUGGACAAGUACAAUUUGACAACGGGAGCGUUGCAGAAAAUUAUGAAGGGUAUAAACAUCGAUAAACCCAUACUUCAGAUGUUGGGAUAUAAAAAAUUGCCAAAAAAUAAAGAUGGUGCAACGGAUCGAUAUAGAUUGUUGGUAUCAGAUGGAGAAAAAUUAAACUCGUUCACUAUGUUGGCUACUCAAUUGAACAAUCUGAUUGAGAAUGAUAUUUUGAAUGAAUUCUCAAUCUGCAAAAUAACCAAUUAUUGCCUGAGUUCAGUGAACAACAACGGCAAAGAAAAAUGUGUGAUGCUGAUAUUAGAUAUAGAAGUUAUUGUUUCCGGAGAGGAAGUUGGGCGCAGGAUAGGCAAUCCAACUAAUAUAGAGCUUAAAUCAGAGCAAGAUACACCAUCUACAUCCACAACCACAACUGUGCAUCAUCAAAAUGGUUCCACCAGAACAGGUAAUUCAAAUCAUGCCUCUUCUGAUAUACGCACCACGCAAAUUGCAGCGCUGAGUCCUUAUCAAAAUAGGUGGGUGAUUAAGGCACGAGUAAUCAACAAAUCUCCAAUUAAAACGUGGAGUAAUUCUCGUGGAGAAGGCAAAUUCUUUUCUAUGGAUUUAAUUGAUAAAAGCGGCGAAAUCAGAUGCACAGCAUUUAAAGAGAUGGUUGACAAAUUUUAUGACUUGAUAGUGGCUGGAAAUGUAUACUACAUCUCGCGAUGUACAUUAAAGAUGGCCAAUAAACAAUAUAAUACCAUGAAAAAUGAUUACGAGAUGUCGGUGACCUCUGACACAGGGAUUGUGCCUUGCCAUGACAACAGCAAUGACAUUCCAACACUACAAUAUAAUUUCUCUCCUAUAAGUCAAGUCGAAAGCAAAGAAAAAAAUGAUUUACUAGAUGUCUUAGGCGUCGUCACAACUAUCGGUGAUGUACAACAUUUUACGGCGCGCGCUACAGGCCGAGAACUUAUAAAGAGGGACAUCAGUAUAGUUGAUGACAGUGGUACGAUGGUAACUGUUACACUCUGGAGAACACAGGCCGAAGAGUUUGAUGCUUCCAAUAAUACCAUUAUAGCCAUUAAGAGAGCGAGCGUGGGCGAAUUUAAUGGUAGGAAGAACUUGUCAUUAACAAUGUCCUCCAUAAUAGAAAAGGAUCCUGAUAUUCCUGAAGCACAUAGAUUGCGCGGAUGGUACACUGCAGUCGGCCAUUCAGAAACUGCGAAAUCAUUAUCUAGAGUAGGUGGAAGUACUGACUUCAAUGGACCAUUGUACACUUUCCAGGAAGCAACCGAUGCUCGAUUGGGAGAAAAAAUGAAUCUCCCAGAUUCAUUUACAGUAGUGGCGACCAUUAAGCAAAUUAAAACUGAAAAUUCUCUCUACAGGGCGUGUCCUGUAGAAAAUUGCAAGAAGAAGUUGAUCGAUCAAGAUAAUGGGAUCUUCAGAUGCGAAAAAUGUAACAAGGAGUAUCCAAAUUUUACAUAUCGCUUACUGGCAAAUAUGGAAUUGGCGGAUGCAACGGGCAGUCGCUGGAUAACUGCAUUUAAUGAGGAGGCAGAAAAGAUACUUGGGAUGUCUGCUCAAGAGUUGGGGGAAUUGAAAGAGAAUGAUAAAGACGCCUAUUUGCAGAAAAUCGGUGAGGCAACUUUUAAAACAUUCAUGUUCAACCUGGAGGCAAGAUCAGAAGUUUUCCAGGGAUAUAAAAAAUUGCCAAAAAAUAAAGAUGGUGUGGAUCGAUAUAGAUUGUUGGUAUCAGAUGGAGAAAAAUUAAACUCGUUCACUAUGUUGGCUACUCAAUUGAACAAUCUGAUUGAGGAUGAUAUUUUGAAUGAAUUCUCAAUCUGCAAAAUAACCAAUUAUUACCUGAGUUCAGUGAGCAAGAACGGCAAAGAAAAACGUGUGAUGCUGAUAUUAGAUAUAGAAGUUGUUGUUUCCGGAGAGAAAGUUGGGGGCAGGAUAGGCAAUCCAACUAAUAUAGAGCUUAAAUCAGAGCCAGAUACACCAUCUACAUCCACAACCACAACUGUGCAUCAUCAAAGUUCCACCAGAACAGGUAAUUCAAAUCAUGCCUCUUCUGAUAUACGCACCACGCCAAUUGCAGCGCUGAGUCCUUAUCAAAAUAGGUGGGUGAUUAAGGCACGAGUAAUUCACAAAUCUCUAAUUAAAACGUGGAGUGAUUCUCGUGGAGAAGGCAAAUUCUUCUUUAUGGGUUUAAUUGAUGAAAGCGGCGAAAUCAGAUGCAAAGCAUUUGGAGAGAUGGUUGACAAAUUUUAUGACUUGAUAGUGGCUGGAAAUGUAUACUACAUCUCGCGAUGUACAUUAAAGACGGCCAAUAAACAAUAUAAUAGCAUGAAAAAUGAUUACGAGAUGUUGAUGACCUCUGACACAGAGAUUGUGCCUUGCCGUGACAGCAACAAUGACAUUCCAACACUACAAUAUAAUUUCUCUCCUAUAAGUCAAGUCGAACAUAAAGAAAAAAAUGAUUUACUAGAUGUCUUGGGCGUCGUCACAACUGUCGGUGAUGUACAACAUUUUACGGCGCGCACAGGCCGAGAACUUAUAAAAAGGAACAUCAGUAUAGUUGAUGACAGUGAUACGAUGGUAACUGUUACACUCUGGGGAACACAGGCCGAGGAGUUUGAUGCUUCCAAUAAUACCAUUAUAGCCAUUAAGGAAGCGCGCGUGGACGAAUUUAAUGGGAAGCACUUGUCAUUAAUAAUGUCCUCCAUAAUAGAAAAGGAUCCUAAUAUUCCUGAAGCCCAUAGAUUGCGCGGAUGGUACACUGCAGUCGGCCAUUCAGAAACUGCUAAAUCAUUAUCUAGAGUAGGUGGAAGUACUGACUUCAAUGGACCAUUGUACACUUUCCAGGAAGCAACCGAUGCUCGAUUGGGAAAGAAAAUGAAUCUCCCAGAUUCAUUUACAAUAGUGGCGACCAUUAAGCAAAUUAGAACUGAAAAUUCUCCCUACAGGGCGUGUCCUCUAGAAAGUUGCAAGAAGAAGUUGAUCGAUCAAAAUAAUGGGACCUUCAGAUGCGAAAAAUGUAACAAGAAGUAUCCAAAUUUUACAUAUCGCUUACUGGCAAAUGUAUAUAUUGUCUCCAUGGAAUUGGCGGAUGCAACGGGCAGUCGCUGGAUAACUGCAUUUAAUGAGGAGGCAGAAAAGAUACUUGGGAUGUCUGCUCAAGAGUUGGGGGAAUUGAAAGAGAAUGAUAAAGACGCCUAUUUGCAGAAAAUCGGUGAGGCAACUUUUAAAACAUUCAUGUUCAACCUGAAGGCAAGAUCAGAAGUUUUCCAGGAUACAAUGAGGAUAAAACGUGUCUGUACAUCAGUCAGGCCGAUUAAUUAUAAGACUUAUCUUCCACAUCUGAUAGAUAAAGUCUCUAAACUAUUAAACAUCGAGAAAUUGGAUUCUAAUUAAAUAAGAUUUGAUCUAGUUAGAUUCCAGUAAAGAUUUUUUGAAAUUAUUUUCAUAUAACCCAUUAAAAAAAAAAAAAAAAA